AUGGAUCCUUCAAUGGCUACCCCUGAAUUGCUUCAAUUCCUCAACGAAGAGAAACAAAAGGCAAUGGCAAACGAAAUGUUGGCGAAGCUGACGAGUGUGUGCUGGGACAAAUGCAUCACAGACAAACCGGGAAGCAAAUUCAGCUCGAGCGAGUCUUCUUGCCUCUCUAACUGCGCUGGACGCUACGUUGAUAUGAGUAUGCUCCUCAUCAAACGCUUCCAGUCUAUGCAGUGA